CUUACUAAAAACCAAAUAGAAGAGCCUCAAAGAUGCCUUCAUUCGUCAUCGGCGCAAGGAGAGGGAACAGAGGAGCGGAGCUUUGCCAAGUGCACGGUCCAGCUAUGUCCAUGCGGAGCAAAUGGCCUUUCUAAUACCAUGCACUGAAAUGCGUAGCACCGAUAGUAGCUGGUCGCAAAGUCAACAGCAGGAGGAGGAAGAGAAGGAGGUCACCAGGGACAGUGAGGCCUGUGCGUCUACGGGGCCACUAAGUCCUCCUCCACACGAUCCCACCCCUCCAUUCCAAACCCCCACACAGCCUGCCCCACCUGUCGUGGAAACCGAAAACAUUCGGACUCACCGUCCAAAAAGGAGAAGACCAGAUCGCCAAGAGGACCGGCUAAUUGCAUGCCUGGAUGCACUUGCCCAUCCAGCACCCAAACUCUCUAGUGAUGCCCUUUUCUUACUUAGCUUGGAGGAAAAAAUGCAGCAGCAAGUGCCCAGAAGUCGCAUAACUGAAGCAAGGGAUACCUUAACAAGGGCCCUAGACAGCUUCAUUCCACAUUAUGACAUCACACAGCCCAACAAUGCACCACAACAUCCACCAACCACUCACACAUACACAUCACAAACAUACCCACAAACUAACAUACCACACCCUCACGACACAUGUUUAAGCAGCCUUCCAAGGGCCAUACUUUCGCAGGACGCCGAGACAGUGAUGGCUCUGGUGGCUGACUCAAGUGCCACGGAGUCCGCAGCCCCAGUUCGUAGCGGCAGAUCUACGCCUCCUGUAGAAGCAACCCCCACUCCCACAGAAUUGUCCCCGCUCAUGUUCGAAGACGAGGACACUGAGUUGACAUUCUGGGGGAGGCUAUUCAGGAGGCUGAAUUGCAGUUAA